AUGGCUUUCACGAAUUACAGCAGUCUGAAUCGAGCUCAGCUAACCUUUGAAUAUCUACAUACAAAUUCAACCACUCAUGAAUUCUUGUUUGGUGCUCUUGCUGAACUAGUUGAUAAUGCAAGAGAUGCUGAUGCCACGAGAAUUGAUAUUUAUGCAGAAAGGCGGGAGGACCUUCGAGGAGGAUUUAUGCUCUGUUUUUUGGAUGAUGGAGCGGGAAUGGAUCCAAGUGAUGCUGCCAGCGUGAUCCAGUUUGGGAAGUCGGCCAAGCGAACGCCUGAGUCCACCCAGAUUGGGCAGUACGGGAACGGGUUAAAGUCGGGCUCGAUGCGCAUCGGGAAGGAUUUCAUCCUCUUCACCAAGAAGGAAGACACCAUGACCUGCCUCUUCCUGUCACGCACCUUUCAUGAGGAGGAGGGCAUUGAUGAGGUGAUAGUCCCAUUGCCCACUUGGAAUGCUCGAAACCGGGAACCUGUCACAGAUAACGUGGAGAAGUUUGCCAUCGAGACAGAACUCAUCUACAAAUAUUCUCCCUUCCGCAAUGAAGAGGAGGUGAUGACUCAGUUCAUGAAGAUUCCUGGGGACAGCGGAACGCUGGUAAUCAUCUUCAACCUCAAACUCAUGGAUAACGGAGAGCCAGAGCUGGAUAUAAUCUCAAAUCCAAGGGAUAUCCAGAUGGCAGAGACUUCCCCAGAGGGCACCAAGCCAGAGCGCCGCUCCUUCCGUGCCUACGCUGCCGUGCUCUAUAUUGAUCCCCGGAUGCGGAUCUUCAUCCAUGGGCACAAGGUGCAGACCAAGAGGCUCUCCUGCUGCCUGUACAAGCCCAGGAUGUACAAGUACACAUCAAGCCGGUUCAAGACCCGUGCGGAGCAGGAGGUGAAGAAAGCUGAGCACGUGGCGAGGAUUGCUGAAGAGAAGGCACGGGAGGCAGAGAGCAAAGCUCGGACGUUGGAAGUGCGCCUAGGCGGAGAUCUCACGCGGGACUCCAGGGUGAUGUUGCGACAGGUCCAGAACACAGCCAUUACUCUGCGCAGGGAAGCCGACGUCAAGAAGCGGAUCAAGGAGGCUAAGCAGCGAGCACUUAAAGAACCUAAGGAACUGAACUUUGUUUUCGGGGUCAAUAUUGAACACCGGGACCUGGAUGGAAUGUUCAUCUACAACUGUAGCCGCCUGAUCAAGAUGUAUGAGAAAGUGGGCCCACAGCUGGAAGGUGGCAUGGCAUGUGGUGGGGUUGUUGGGGUCGUCGAUGUGCCCUACCUGGUCCUGGAGCCCACACACAACAAGCAGGACUUUGCGGACGCCAAGGAGUACCGGCACCUGCUGCGGGCCAUGGGGGAGCACCUGGCACAGUACUGGAAGGACAUCGCCAUUGCCCAGCGGGGAAUCAUCAAGUUCUGGGAUGAGUUUGGCUACCUCUCUGCCAACUGGAACCAGCCCCCAUCCAGUGAGCUGCGCUACAAGCGGCGGCGAUCCAUGGAGAUCCCAACCACCAUCCAGUGUGAUCUGUGUCUGAAGUGGCGGACACUCCCCUUUCAGCUGAAUUCUGUGGAGAGGGAUUACCCUGACACUUGGGUUUGCUCCAUGAACCCUGAUCCUGAGCAGGACCGGUGCGAGGCCUCUGAGCAGAAGCAGAAGCUCCCCCUGGGGGCACUGAGAAAAGACCCGAAGACGCAGGAGGAGCGGCAGAAGCAGCUGACGCAGAAAAUCCGCCAGCAGCAGGAGAAGCUGGAGGCCCUGCAGAAAACCACACCCAUUCGCUCCCAGGCUGACCUGAAGAAACUGCCCUUGGAAGUGACCACCAGACCUUCCUCUGAGGAACCUGCACGUAGACCUCAGCGUCCUCGGUCGCCUCCUUUACCCGCUGUGAUCAAGAAUGCCCCGAGCAGACCCCCUUCCCUUCAAGCUCCCAGGCCAGCCAGCCAGCCCAGAAAGGCUCCUGUCAUCAGUAGCACCCCAAAGCCUGCUGCCCCGGCCGCCCGGGAGGUGGCCAGCACUUCCCGGCUACUCCAGCCUCCCGAGGCACCCCGGAAGCCUGCCAGCACUCCGGUUAGGGCUGCGUCCUGGCCCAGCCCACCGGUGCAGCCACCGUUGCCAUCUCCCCAGCCCAACUCCAGGAGCCCUCGGGAGGUCCCUUCCCCCCGAGCCCUGAAGACUCCAGUGGUCAAGAAGCCAGAGCUGCCCGCUAAACUCUCCCCGGCCACUCCUGGUCGGAAGCGGAGCCUCGGGGUCUCUGAUGAGGAAGAAACAGAGGAAGAGGCUGAGAAGAGGAAGGAGCGGUCCAAGAGGGGCAAGUUUGCUGUGAAGGAGGAGAAGAAGGACCUGAAUGAGCUCUCAGACAGCUCUGGGGAAGAGGACUCGGCUGACCUCAAGAGCGCUCAGAAAGAUAAAGGGCUGCACGUGGAGGUGCGUGUGAAUAGGGAGUGGUACACAGGCCGUGUCACAGCUGUGGAGGUGGGCAAGAAUGCGGUGCGGUGGAAGGUGAAAUUUGACUAUGUGCCCACGGACACAACACCAAGAGACCGCUGGGUGGAGAGAGGCAGCGAGGACGUGCGGUUGAUGAAGCCCCCGUCCCCAGAGUAUCAGAGCCCGGACACACGUCAGGAGGGCAGGGAAGAGGUGGUGGCGGCGGUGGCCCCAGCAGGGGACUCGGUGGCCCAGCAGGCUAUAGCCACGGCAGAGCCCUCCACCUCAGACUGCAUCCCCAUCGAACCUGACACCACCGCCCCCAGCACCAACCACGAGACCAUUGACCUCCUCGUCCAGAUUCUUCGGAAUUGUCUACGGUACUUCCUGCCUCCAAGUUUCCCCAUCUCUAAGAAGGAGCUGAGUGCUAUGAAUUCAGAUGAGCUGAUAUCGUUUCCUCUGAAAGAGUACUUCAGGCAGUAUGAGGUCGGGCUGCAGAACCUGUGCCACUCCUACCAGAGCCGCGCCGACUCGCGGGCCAAGGCUUCUGAGGAGAGCCUGCGCACCUCCGAGAGAAAGCUGCGUGAGACGGAGGAGAAGCUGCAGAAGCUGAGGACCAACAUCGUGGCACUCCUGCAAAAGGUGCAGGAGGACAUAGACAUUAACACAGACGACGAGCUGGAUGCCUACAUCGAGGACCUGAUCACCAAGGGGGACUAG